GCCCACGCCACAGUAAACAAAAUGAAAACAUUUGCGCUGUGCUCACUGCUCGCCGUGGUGCUCUUGGCUUGUAGCACACACUCGCUGCCACAGACACGUGAGGGCGCUGCCUACACAAAUGAGGCCAUCAGACAGGCACAGCAAACGCUGCUCAUACCCAAGGAUGCACAAAUACAGAACGUGCAGGAGGGCAUUGAGCUGGGCGCCUAUGAGCAGAUUCCCGGCAAUCAGCGUAUUAAUCUCUUUGACAUUCUCGGCGACACUGUGCCCUCCGAGGUGAUAAACAAUCUGCAAUCGCAGGUUGAUCAAAUUGGACGCAAUUAAUCUGUAAACCCAGCCAACCAGCCAACAAAGUGUUUGUUAAGUUUGCAAAAAAAAA